AUGGCCAUCAAGAAGAGGCAAACCAAGAAACCGUCCUCCGCCAGUGGCAUCAGCAGCUCCGUGGUGCAGGCCAUGGCGGAAAUGUCGCCCGCCGCCGCCAACCCUCUCCAGCCUGUCCAGCUUCCCCCGGGCGUCUACUUCUCCCCGACGCGGAACGAGAGCGUGGGGAUCCUCAACCGCUGGAUCGCCGGCGAGCCGCUCCACGACACCCACGGCUUCGUCUUCCACGACAACGUCUACGGGGCCAGCCCCGACGAGCUACGUGCGAGGUACCCGCCGUCCAGCAUCCGGGGUCGGGUCCGCUCGUGGUGGUUCCUCAGCGAGACCAAGUUCCAGUCCAGGAAGAACCCCGGCGCCGGCGCCAGGCGCGCCGACCGCCGCGUGGCCACGGGCGGGUACUGGCGGAUGGACCAGAGCCGCAUGGAGCUCGCCGCCGUCGACGGGGUCAAGAAGACCUUGAAGUUCUACGUCGGCCCAGGGAAGAAGGCGUCCAAGACGCCCUGGCUCAUGGAGGAAUUCACCAGCGCGCUCGACGACGGGACGGGGAAGAGCGGCGCGCCCGCGCUCUACCGGCUCUACCUCACCCCGAACGCCACCAACGACGAGCUCAGGGAGAUCUUCGGCGAGGACGGCGUGCGCUACGGACCCGACGGCCAGAAGAAGCCGGCGCGGGCUCUGGUCCCGCCCGACUGGUUCGACUCCGUCGCCGCCCUGCUGCCGCCGGGGCGCGUCCGGCGUCCUCUCGACCACCAACCUCAGGGCCAGGGCGCGCCGCCGCCGGGUCUUAUGAAUUACCACGGCCUGCACUUGGGGCCCGCGCCGCCGGGGAACGUUGUUGGUCUGUACGAUCAGGUCUGGGAGGCGCCGCCUCCGCCUCCACCUGCGUAUUCGCCGGGCAUACUCGAUGAGACGAUGCCGGUGAACGGUCUUGGUCAGUACGACGAGCAGCAGGGCCAGUUUUUCUCACAGACCGCGCCACCUCCACCUCCGCCUCCGCCUGCGUCGCCCGGACUGUCCGCUGAGAUGCCGGUGGACGAUCUGAGCAUGCCCUUCGACGAGUUCUUGCAGUGGAUCAACGAGAAUCCGGUGUAG